AUGUAUCUGGUGGCGCUAGAAGAGCAUCUUCUGAUUCAGGCAUUACGUGCACUUUUGCCGGCUGACGGCAUGACGUGCCCGCCGAACCUGGCUCUUGCUGCCCGGAAUGACAUCGUGGCGACUGCCCAGGCUUUGUUGGACGAUGAUGCACUGUCCACAUUUCUGUGCUAUGCUGACGAGCUGACGCUGCACCUACGGGGCGAAACCCGGGUGAUGUUCCCACCACUGCCGAGGGCUGCCGCUGAGACCGGCACACCUGCUGAGGCAUGUGCCGAGGCACACCUUAUGGAGGGCUCUGGUGCUCUUUGGACGGCGAUCAGACAGGUUGCGACUUUGCUGCCAUUUCGUGACGAUCGGCGACCACAUGGCAAUGGGCGCGUGCUUGCCUUCGGUGCCUUCAACAAGGGCGGCCUGUUGGGCAUCCACAAGCACACCACCUGUCACCAGGCGGUUUGCACAUUACUCAAUGCAGCGGUGCGCUCCGUCUCGGCGCAGCACUGUUGGACAACGCUCGUGCUCACCUACAACAACCAUACCACCCCGCACUAUGACAAAGGUAACUGCGAUGGGGUGCCGAGUCUGUUGAUGGGACUUACGCAUCACGAUUCGGGAGAGGUUUGGAUUGAGCAACCUGGCGGGCGACACUACCAGCUCGUUGAUGGCUCCAUGGUGGCGGGUGAGCUUCACCCUACCAGCGCUUGUGGCCUGCUCUUUUCGGGGGCAAAGCAGUGUCACGCCACAUGUCAAUGGUCGGGCACCAGGAUCACGCUUAUUGCCUACACCAUUCGAUGCCAUGAUUUGCUGCUGAAGGGGGCCAAAGCUGCUGUGUCCGCUGAGUCGGACGUCGUUGCGCUGCACUCUGGGGCAAAGAGUGCCAGUAUGGUGUGCACUAGCCCAUGCUUGCUAUUUGCGCUACCCGGGGCUGCCAGCGAGCUUUUCCAGCUGGACGGCAUCGUCAUUGCUGCCGUGCCUGACGAGGGUGCCGUCUCCUGGAAGGGACCAGAGGCGGGCAUGUUAGGCACUUACAAUCCGGGCUUUGCUACCUGCUCCUCUUGGCAAGAUGCACGCUGGGAAUGGGAGCCGACUACAUCAGGAGCUACAGCCAGCAAUGCAGCAUGCACUGCCGCGAGCGCCACCGCAAGCAACAUGGCUAUGCAUCCGGGCUGUACCGGUGACGAGGCGAUGACUGGGACUGGCUCAGAGGGCCCCUCGGGGGGUAUUUCUGACCAGUCCUCAAGUGCUGUGCCACCGAGUCUUGUGCAUAGCUGUGUACAGGGUGGUGUACAUAGCCCGGGCUUGAUGAAUGCUGGCGACGAGGACUACCCGAGUGCUUCUCUCCUGAUUGAGGUGCUUAGCUCCAGUUCUGAAGGAGCACGUGAAGACGAUACCUCACGUUGCAAUGCUGACGGCUUGUGCGGCUUGAACGAGCUGGAUUGA